UAAAAAAAAAAAACGCUACUUAACUUACCCACCAUUAGAAAUCAACAAUUUUCGGAUGAAAUUGACUAUCAAUGACUCUUCUCCCCCAAUCGUAAAGCAGAAACAAUAGAGCAGAAAAUGGAGAAAUUUCAGCAACAUCAAUGGUCGAGAGCUGUGAAAUCACGGUUAUCUUACAAGAACGCCACAAUUCUUGUCUGCUUAUUCAACAUCACCACUGUUCUUCUCUUGCUACAUGGCUUCCUCUAUUCUCCCUCUUCCAAAUCGCCCAUCUCUAAUAAAGCUCUAUACAGGCAUAUAAAGGAAUCCGAAGACAUAAGACGCACAUUGAUUCCUCGUGAUCUCAUCAAGAGAGUUAGAGAAAUUGGAGAGGAUGUGUAUGUCGAAACAGAACAAAUCCCUCAGAAAGAUGCGAAGCAGACAGCUGCAGUGGACCUUAGAUCAAGAUUGAAUAAUUUCCGUUCGUAUUCAGAUGCAGGCAGCAACAAAGCACUUGAGGAGUGGCGCAAGCGGAAGAUGGAGAGGCGAGGCAACGUUCUUUGGUGAAGGAUGGAACGGCCAGCUCCCAGCCCUAUUGAACUCUUGUAAAGUUCUGAUCGUUGAACCUGUGCUACAUGUUUGUUGCUCGAUGAUCGUCAUUCCACCAACUAGAUCAUCGUAAUGUAUGUAUAUCUCUUGAAUACUUUUAAUAUGUUCAUGCUGUGUAAUGUAAUACUCUCUAUCCCUAAAAAUAGACUAGUUUUACCAUUUAGGCCAUCCAUUAAAAUUAGACCAAUUCUAAUGAUGUCGUCUCAUUCUCCAUUAACAAUACUCAAAUCAUGUUUUCUUUCUA